AUGGACCAACCGGAAUCUCAGCAGAAUACUGCCGAUUUCGACAAAGCAGCACGAGCAAGCCAUAUUGAAUUGGCUCCAACGUCAAGCUCCUCCGCUGCCGCAAAUGUCCGACAAGAGGCCAUUAUAUCGCCAAACGCCAAAGAUGCAAUGCCCCCAACCUCAGAAGAUGAGGCAAACAUGCCAUUGUGGACGGCCAUGCGCCAAUAUCCCAAAAUAGUGUGGUGCUUUGCCUCGCUUACCAUUAUCUCUGUUGGAUGGGGCUUUGAUCUCGUACUCAUUGGUUCCAUCACUGCCGUCAGACCGUUCCAAAAAGAUUACGGCCAAUAUUAUGAAGAUAAAUGGAUCAUACCGGCCCUUUGGUUGUCUCUCUGGUCGGCGUCCACCCCGAUCGGCAUGGUCAUAGGUUCAAUAUGGGGAGGGUUGCUCCAGGACCGCAUCGGACGCAGAUGGACUCUCAUGGCCGGCAGUUUCAUCUCUGCUAUAGCUGUGGCUAUAAUAUUCUGCUCCUAUCUUCCGGAGAGCAUAGAAGGUCGCCGGACAAGUUUCUUCAUUGGAAAGAUUAUCCAAGGAACUUCGGGCGGCAUGCUCAAGUCGACUGCGAUAACGUACAUCUCCGAAACUUCACCUGUGUCUAUUCGAGCACCGGCCAUGGGGCUCUUUCCUAUGGGAAAUCUUCUUGGUCAGCUUAUUGGAGCCAUUGUCGUCUUUUUCAUCAACAACAUCGAAAGCCAUACCGGAUAUCUUGGCGCCUUUGGAGCCCAGUGGCUUCUCGCAGUAGCUCCUUUCAUUCUCGCAUGUGUUAUACCGGAAAGUCCGGCAUAUCUCGAGUCAAAAGACAAGAGGGAAGACGCUUCCAGAGCUGCAUAUAGACUCUUUGCACCAAAGACAGAUCCACUGGUGGUUUUGGCGCAGCUACGGGAAACCCUUGCCGAAGAGAGAGCCAUCUUGGGCAAUGCAAGCUACAUUACUUGUUUUCGCGGCCGAAACACGCGCCGCACAAUGCUUAUUAUCAUGGUCAACUUCUUUCCAUCCAUGUUUGGGCUAGAGCUAUUGUCAAAGUCAAGUUAUUUUAUUCAAACUGUCGGCAUGCCUUCAAGCCAGAGCCUAAUAUUUCUUAUCGCGGGUAUCGUGGCAGGCUGUAUUGGCAACCUAAUUGGAAUGUAUAUUCUUUCGCGAGUUGGGCGACGAGUCGCCACGCUUUCGUCUCUUGGUGUCACCGCCGUUCUCUGGGUAGGCAUGGGUAUAUCAGGGUCUUGGACCGGGCCUGCAGUCUACUUCUUUGCUUGCGGUAUAAUGACGGCCGUCAUCGUUGUCUGCAGCUUAGGUGUUUGGCCAGCGGUUUACGCUAUUUCAGGUGAAACCAGCUCGUUGCAGCUGCGGGCCAAGACCCAAGCCAUUGGUCAAGUCGUUCAACAAGCUUCAUCCGUCGUGAUGCAAUUCGUACUCCCAUUUAUUUUUAAUCCUGACUCAGGGGAUUUGGGUGUUAGGACAGGAUUCGUCUUCGCAGGAACGUGUGUCAUUGCCUUCGCACUGACGUGGUUCUUCUUACCGGAGAUGAAGGGCAGAAGCACGUUGGAGCUCGACCAGAUGUUUAAUCUCGACCUGCCUGCUAAGGAGUUCAAGAAAUGGCGGCGAGAGCACGAGGAGUAG